UAUCAGUUAUUAUUUUCUCCAUUUGUGAAGAGCAAAAAACUGUCGUCUGCAACUUUUUUUCGCGUCUUAAAAUUGAAUAGCAAUGAAAAACUUUUCAUUCAUCUGGGCAAAUUGGUUUCUGAUACCUUAAAUAGUAAAGUUAUUCUGCAUAUAUUUAUUCGCCCUGAUAGAUAAUAAACUAAUUUACCGGUGGGGAAAUUAGAUGCUAAAGCAACGUAUUAAGUUUGAGAUUGGAUUUCUUUAUUUAGAAAGUAAAUCUACCUUAUCUUAACAAUUGAUUAUAAUACGCUGAAAUUGACCAUAGAAAUAGUGGAUUAUUCAAACGUGAUGUUGUCUGUUUGUACUAAAUGCUAUAAAAACAAACAGUAAAAUCGACAAAAAGAGACGAGAAUUUUUAUAUAGGAAACACUCUUAUAGACAAAAGAUGGCUUAAAAUAAUGUAAACAUAGCAAAAAGUCAAACAUAACCGCGAAGACUAAAAUCACACACGUGUUUUAAUUUAUUAAUGGAUUUUAAAGCGAUUCAGCUGCGCAGACGUCUAUAGACUUUCGAUUGAAAUUGAGACUCAAUAAGUAUACAACUACAACAUAGCAUUUCAUCCGAUUUCGUUGGCGAUGUAAGCCAUGAAAGGGCGUAUUUAAAAAAAGUAAAUACAUCUGGAGUGAGUGGUGUAUUUGAAAAGAAGGCUGACUCCACUUAAAUACGUACUUAUAUACGUGCAUACAAAUGGAAAGUUAAAUAUUACUUAAAUGCACAAAUACUUGAAAAAAGAAUUUACAGGCGCUGUAAAUGCCUAAAAUUUAUCUAAUUGAAAUGGGUUAUAUACAAAAAAGAAAUAUAGAUCUACAUGAAUUGGAAUUUAAAAGAAAAGCAAAGUUAAGUGGAAGUGUCGCUGUAAAAGACGGAAUCAUGUGAAAGUGGAGGAGGCGUUCAUAGGCAGUUUAAAGUUUAACGGAUUUAUAUUAUUUCGAAUUUAAGUUUUGAUAUAUAAAAAUGACGGUGCAUGAAGGAAUGGGUACGGGGAUGACCGACAGCAUCCCUCCGCCGGUUAACAAUGCAUGUGUGCCGGAUAUUUAUAAUAAAUUGGACGCAAACGCAAUAGAAAAAACAAAGGUUAUGAAUAUGCAAUUAAACUACAAACUAAAAAUUCAAGAAAAGGUGCUUACAAAAUAUCGUAAUGCCGCAGAGCAGAGAUAUACCCGCGAAAGAGAUAAACUGCGGAUGGAUUUAAGAAACAUUUGCCGGCGAAUGCCAAAUUAUGCGGAUAUACCUAAAUUAGAAACAAAGGUGAAAAAGUUACGUAAAGGAAAGAAAGCGAAAUACGCUCCAAAACAUGACUGUGUGUUCACGACAGAACCUUUAGAUAUGAAAGGAAUUUCUGAAAAAGACGAAAAACCAUUCUGUGAUAGAUUCUUAACACAUCACUUGCCGACGAAGUCUCGAUUUUAUCAGGAUGUACUCCACUCGGUCAAGAAGGGUAUGAGUAUGCCUGACCUAAGACCUCGUCCCAGUGACCGGUACAGGAGAGUUGUACCGUUACAAUCGCAUCACCUAUCCCAAGAUUCCCUGUCGCCUCCGACAGACGACUCUCUGUCUCCUAAACUACUUCCGGUAAUCAAAUCGCUCGAUGAUACUUACCUGUCAUCAAAGUCUCGACUACUCGAUGAUGACGAUGAUGAUGACGACAUAAAAACAGUUUGAUAAAAGUUAGACCAAUUAGUUUUAGUUUAUUCAAGUGAAACAAAUGAAUAGUAUUUAUGUUGUUUUUUGCCGAAAAGUACAUAUGAUUUUAAGUGUGACUUUAAUAAUCAUAGAAGUUGGCUCACCAACGAUACGGUUUCUUACAUAGAAAAUUUUACGGUUACGAUAAAUAUUUUAUUAAAGCAACAUUAUUACAGUUGCAACAGUAGUGUAUGUUACACUUUCAUAGAAUAUGGAGUCCCCAAGGUACUUUGUGCAAUGUUUUAUUCAUUUAUACUUUUUAAUGGCUUUUUUGUUAUUGAUUUUUGUUAUUGUACGUUCUCUAAAGUGAGAGAUCAUCUGUAUAUAAUUAUAACAAGCAAUCAAGUGUUUGCUCUGUCUCACGCAAUGAAUAAAAUGUAAUAAAUAUAUGUAAAUGAUACAUUAUUUGCCGACACGUUUUUCGAAAUAUUCUCAACCGAAUGAUUUAAAUAGGGUAUAUAUAACAAUCACGAUUAUUAAUGAAAUGAAAUUUGAUUUAAAGGCCCAUUGUGCCUGAGAAAUGCUACUAUCUUCAUUUCUCAAAAACUGUUUUCGAUUUUUUGGUAUCUUGUUACGGUUUUUAAAAAUUCAUGUUUCCAUAUACAUAAACUGUCUUUUGCUGAUUUUGUCAUGUUGGCAAUUGUUAAAAUUAUAGUGAAUAAGUAUUUUGUAUGGAAGUCAAA